AUGAGCUACUUUCCUCAAUAUUUUUCAUUAUAUCAUAUUGCCUCCAUCAUCUGGAAUAUAUUAUCAAUGACAUUCACUGUAGUAGAGUCAGAUGGAAUGAUAGAAAAGUCAAGAGAAGUGAAGCAUAUCAUUAUGAUGACCCGAACUUCUAAGAUGAAUGACAAGUUUUAUGAUGAAGUGGAAUUACUCAUUUUACAAGUAGAAACAAAGAUUGAUAAGAUUGAAAAAAGGAAAGUUAUGUCAAUAAAUAAAGAAAUCUUAGGAUCGUUCACAUUGCUGUUUGUUAUCUACUUCAUAACAUUAGUUCAACUUUCUCCGCAAAUAAUACAUCUAUACCAGAGGUUUUUAAACAUUACCGUAUGA